AUGUUGCGGGCGGCGGCGGCAAGGUGCGCCGGCGGCGCCAUCCGGCGGCUGUCGGUGGCUUCGUACCCAGCAGCGGCAGGCGUGCGGAGGAAGCCUCCCCUGGACGAGGGGGACUGGUCCUACUACAAGGAGUGGUGGGGCGAGGACGACGGCCCCGGCGACGGAGCUCACACCGUCUUCCGCCGCCACUCCGAGCAUGGCAAUGGCGUCGUCUCCGUCGUUGCCUACCCAGCCUCCAUACCGGCCAGCGAUCAGUGGCCAGUGAUGGAGAGAUGGCUUCAAGAAAGAAAUUUGGCAAUAUACCCAGAAUCAAGUGGUGCUGACCAAUUUAAGAUACUAGGCUACCAAUGGCGAGUAAUGCGCUUUAACGACCAUACACGGCAAAGUACUGCAAAAGUAAUGGCGUGUUACCGGUCUGGGGGUGAUAGAGCAUUAUACUCAAUGCAGCAACCCAAUUGUUUAGCUGUUCCUUAUGUCAAGAGCAUGGUAUCAGCAGGGUUGACAGCACUCCCUAGUUGUUCUUAUGAUCUCCCUCAAGCAGUUUCUGAGCCGAACACUAUGAAAAUUCUUUGCAUCGGUCAUGGUGGCGGCAGCAUACCAUUGUUUUUGGCUAGUAAAUUCAGAGGUGCUGAUGUCCACAUUGUGGAGAUCGAUCCAGUUGUCGUCUCAGCCUCGGUCGAAUCCAUGGGCUUCCCGGCAUCAUGUGCGAAAGGGUUAUCAGCCCACACCAUGCAGCCCGCCGACGGCGACGAGCUGCUAUGGAACGGCGUCCACGACCGCAUCUCCCUCCACGUAGAGGACGCGGAAGACUUCAUCGCCGGCGACAGCAAUGUCUAUGACCUGGUCUUCAUCGACGCGUACGACGGGAACGACAUAUUCCCCCGCAAGCUCUGGGACGCCGACGGGGCGUUCCUGAGGAACCUGGAGGAGAAGGUCCACCCGGUCCACGGCACCGUGGUGGUGAACCUGCACUCCGACUCGGGGCCGUCGUCCCCCGACGUCGACGACGAGGCCCCCUUCGAGAACGUGCUCCCCAUGGGCAGGUACGUCUCCCACGUCUGCCGGGCCUACAAGCGGCACUUCGGGCUGGCCUUCACGGUGGCCUCCCCCUGGCUCUGCAACAUCACGCUGGUCGCCUGCCGCGACAAGGCGAUACUGAAGGGCGUGCCGGUAGGGCGUAGCCAUAGGGAUUUUGUUCUCAGCAAGCUUCUGUCGAGGUCGAGCAUGGUCGAGCAGGCGCUGGACCUGCCGUUCCCCUGUCUGCAGUAUGUCAAGAAUGGCUUCACGCUGGUUGAAUAA